AUGGCCGGUCACGAUCACUCGGCUCAUGCCCAUCAUCCAGCAAAUUUUCAACAAGAAUCGACGACAAUGCCUUCACACGAAAUGGGUCACUCGAUGUCAUUUCACUUCGGUCAAAUGGAGACAAUUCUCUUCAAAUGGUGGAUGCCCGACAGUGCGGGAGGAAUGUUCUUCAGUUGUCUCCUCGUUUUUCUCUUCUGUGUCGCGUACGAGACGGUGAAAUUCUUCCGUCAAUAUCGAGAUAUUCGAAAUGCAUUGGAGACAACUCUAGUAGAACCGGAAGCUAGAUUACGCUUUAGUCCAAAGAUCUCUGCACAGGCGUUAGUCGAUUUACCACUUCACAUCAUUCAGAUAAUUUUUGCUUAUGCUUUAAUGUUGAUCUUUAUGACAUUCAACGUUUGGCUCUGUUUGGCGAUCGUUUUGGGAGAGAGUCUUUCCCAUCUCUUUUACCGGAUUACUUUCCCGCACAUCAACUCGAUCGAAUCGCAUUGC